UUGUCAUUCGUUUUAUUUACGGUAUCUUAAGUUGAUUCAAGAAGUGUAUGAUAACAUGAUUUUUCACAUCACAAAACGCCUUGCGGUGAUUCCUUAGGAAUAAUUCCAUUAAUGAUUGGAUGGAUUUAUCAAAACAUAUUUUAGAUCCUUGAUGUUAUUGUGACAAAUUGGUAUACGAGUUCGGGAUGGUGACAACACAUUUUACCAAUAUUGAACCAGGUUGAAAUGAUAUUUCCCUUUUCCUUUGUAGUAUUCGUAGUAAUAUUCAUUGAUGGAGUUUUGAAUUAUGAUAAUAGAGGAAUUUUGAAGUCGUGUGAUGACCAGGAAUUUAUAGACGAAGGAAAUUUUGUAAUAACAUUCACAUCGGCGACUUUUGAUCAUGCAUCCACAAUUUUCACACAUCAAUUUUCAUCUUCCUGUAAGAUGUUUAUUACAUAUCCUGGACUUCGUUUGCGAGCUACAAUCGUAUAUAAACCAACCAAGAGAGGCUGUCAGCAUGGUUAUCUUAGUGUCGGAAAUGACAAAUAUCGUCCAGAUAGAGCUUCAUUAACUUCCUAUCAGUUUUGUGAUCACACAGAGAAUAUAGAAAUAGUGUCACGGUCAAACGUCUUAUGGGUCAUGAUCAAAAGACGUUUUGAUCAGAUAGUUGAAGGUCAUAUUGAAAUACAAUCGAGCAAACCAGCUUUUUGCCAUGCCUCUCAGUUUGAGUGUUCUCCGGUACAAUGUAUACCUAUGACGUCAUUAUGUGACAAUGUUAAAGACUGCGAUAAUGGUAGAGAUGAAUACUGUGAUUCUGAUGACUCAGACAGUUGUUUUCUAUGUGGAGACGGAACAUGUAUAUCCCCAACGUUACCCCGGUAUCACUAUAAUUGGGGGAAACCCUUUUGGUAUAUCUGUGAUGGGGUAAAUCACUGUAAAGACGGUAGUGAUGAACAGGAAGAUCGAUGUAAAGAACCAUGGAGUCUAUGUUCUGAUCUUCAUUCGUGUUUGACAGAAUAUCCUGGAAAGUCAUUUCUUACUUGGGAUAAACAUAAAUGUGCCAAGAAAAAACACUGUUUUCCAGCUGAUAAUUGUCUUCAUAAUUCAGUUUUACAGAGGAUUGAUAGCACGUCCAUUGCCAUUGUUGUUUGUGCCUUCUUUGUUGUUUUGGUUUUUGCCAUUUGCUUCAUUGUAAAAUCAGGUCAAAAAAGGAAACGACGAAAACAACCGUCUGUUCGAAUUUCUUCCGGAUGUCAGAUAUACAGAGAUAAUACAUCAGAUAAUAUUACAACUCGACUACAAAAUACGGAAGACGAACAGCAAACUUGAAGAAGAAGGAAGGAAGAUUUCUAUAUUUACUUGAUAUGCUAGAUUUGAUUGAAAAUCAGUUGGAAAAAAAGGACAAUGAAUACUAUUGACGAUUAUAGACGCCUAAAUCCAACUUUUCUCCAAUCAUGAAAUUGGGUAACAUUCGAGCAUAAAAACCAAUAAUUUAAUAUAUAUAUUUAAAUUUAGUUUACUCACAAACAUUAUAUAUCACCUUAGCUGUAUUUGGAAAAAUCAUUUAGGCAUUUUGGUCCUCAAUGCUCUACAACUUCGUACUUUAUUUGGCCUUUUUAAAUUUUUCGGAUUCGAGCGUCACUGAUGAGUCUUUUGAAGACGAAACGCGCGUCUGGCGUAUAUACUGACUUUGGUCCUGGUAUCUAUGAUGAGUUUAUUGCUAAGUCUUAAAUUAUUAUUUCUUAUCAAAUAUCCAUCUUCCAAAGUCUAUAUUUGAAGACAAAACAGUGGCAUUUGAUCAUAACAAAAUAAGAUUAGGCCAAACUAAAUGUUUAAAGAAACAAAUUCUCAAAUAAAUAUUUAUACAAACAUGCUGUAAUUGAAAAUAAAUGUAUGUUAUAAAAAAAACCUUCUUCACGUUUAUUGA